UUUGAGACAGAGUUUCAUUAUGUAGCCCCGGCUGCCCCAGAACUUGCUUUGUAAGUCUGGCUAUCUCUGAACUCACAGAGAUCAAGCCCUCUUCUGUCUCCUGGGAGUGCUGGUAUCAAAGGAGAGUGCCACCACCGUCUGGCUAUAGCACACUUUUAAUCCCGUACCUGGGAGACAAAAAUAGGUGGGUCUUGGUGAGUUCAAGGCUAGCCUACAGAUUGACUCCUAGGUGAGCUGAGGGGAGCUGCUUAGAAGAGGGGACCCUUAUGCUGAAACGAAAUGAAACCCAAGCUCAUGUCUUUGCACUCCGUGGCAAGGUGGCUCCUCUCUGGAUAUUGGGUCUGAGUUGGGGAAAACUUUAAACUUGAGAGGUCCUGAGGACUCCACUAGCAAGAGCUCCACGUGGUCGUUUGAUCACAAGGACAGCCAAGUGUGGGGCUGCAUCCGGUGCUCUAGGCAGCGCCUGCCGUAAAAUAACCACCACCGAGGACUGGAACGAAGAUGCCCCUGCUGUCCUCUGAGGAACACUAGAGCAGAGCCUCGGUCUUCCUCAGCAGGACACUUACUCCGGUCACCCCGGCUGUCACACAGCAGCGGGUAGGGGCAGGAAGGAAGAUGCGCUGACCCCCAGCGGAAGUCCAACCACUUUGCUUCAUCAUGGAAAUGCAUUGGCCUGCUGGGUGGGAAUUGUUCCAUAGUCUUCAAGGGGCAAGCAUGCCGUGUGAUCCUGCGCUGGGCUGCUCAAAGUAGGAACUUCACCUUGUAAAGCAGAAGGGUGGGUUUUUCCCCCCUCCUUCUUCUUCUUUUGCGGUUUCACACAGCAAAUGAGUGUCAGUCUCCACUUACCGAUGAAGUGAGACGUCUGGCGUGGAGGCGUGGGUGUGUCCCGAAGCUCUGGCCCCGCCUCCUCCGUCCCUCUCAUUUGACUGGCUUUACUUAAAAGAAUCUUCUCAACUGUUUCCAUGUGUUGGCAAACAGUUCGGUAGAAUCCAGCUUCUGGGGAACCAGCCUGCUGGCAUGCAAUGACAUUGCAUCAUUGGGCCCCGGAACCAGACAUAUCAGCUGCAGAACGAGGAGGACCCUGCUCACAUCACCGACAUGAGAGGCACCGGCAUCAGAGAGGGUGCGACUAAGACCCUGCUGGCCAGGGCGCUUUAUGACAACCAUCCGGAUUGCUCCGACGAGCUUGCUUUCUCCAGAGGGGAUAUCCUGACCAUCGUGGAACAAAAUGUGCCAGAGAGCGAGGGCUGGUGGAAGUGUCUGCUCCACGGGAGGCAAGGCCUGGCUCCCGCCAACCGCCUCCAAGUCCUCAGAGAGACCCCUGUAGACAGACCCUGUCCCCUGCCCCCGAGAGGCCUGGACUCAGAUCUCACUGGCUCUGAGGCGCCUUGCCAGGUGUUCAACUCGUUCUCCCCGCCAACCCCGGGUCCCGUGUAUGAACCGAUGAAGAGCUGGGUGGAGGGGCCGUCACCAGCUACUGCACAAGUCUACGAACUGCCUGACUCACCUUCCAGUGCCAGGAUCAUCUGCGAGAAGACUCUGAACUUCCCCAAGCAGGGUCCGGGUGUUACAUUGGCACCCACAACGGCCUUCAGACAAGGUGGUGGCUAUAACCCAUUAUCCAGCCCUCAGAAAUCAGAUUGGAUUCAUGACACUCCAGUGUCGCUGGGAAAGGCUGAUGUCAGAAAUGCAUCUAUGACCAGCUUCACCAAAGAGUCAUGCUCCAACACCAUCCCAGGCUCCUCUGUUGUCCGCAUUGGAGCUGUGACCCUCUCCCCACAGCUGGGGAACGCCGUGCAGAAGAAAAGCAGCCCCCCGGAAGAAACUUCGUAUGCCUUUCUGACCCCCAGGGGGGACUCACUUCCUUCUGAUGCAGGCAGCAGCUACAAGGUCCCUUCCAGGUUUCUCAUUCCCAGAGUGGAGCGACAGAACACCAAACCUAACAUUUAUGACACCCCUAAAGCCAUGCAGGGUGUGUUUCAGAAUACUUCAAAAGCCACACAAGGGGUGUCUCUGGCAGGAAAGGAGCUGGAGAGAGGCAGAGAGGCUCCAGAGAAUUCCCCCUGGGUCUCCAGACAGACAAAUUUCCUGUCUCCCGACUCGGAUCGAUUAUCUGUUGCCAGCUCAGACAGCAGGGCUAGUGUGGUAUCUUCAUGCUCCUCCCUAUCCACGGACUCCUCCCCUGGCUCCUCCUCAGAGGACUCCGUGAAGGAGCUGUGGAUGGACUUGGACUUUGCAAAAGAGACAGCGGUGGCUCUGCAAAGCAGAGUGGCCAGCUCAGUGGCGGGCCUGCUGCUCUUUGUAAGCAGGACCUGGAGGUUCAAAGACUCCUUGGAAACCAACGUCAACAGAAUCCGAGGGGCCGCUGACCGCGUAGAGGAAUCCUUGAGAGAAUUUCUGGAUUUUGCCCAAGGUGUUGGUGGGUUGGCCUGCAAUCUCACAGACAGCUACCUUCAGGCUAGAGUUAGAGAUCAGCUCCAGACGAUCUCUAGCUCCUACCAGACGCUGCUGGAUGCUAAGGGGACCCUGGACCGCUGCAAUUGGUCGCUGGAAGUUCUCGUGGUGGACAAAGCCCAAAGCAGUGUGGAUGACCUGGAGAGGUUUGUGCAGGUUGCGCGGGUAGUUCCGGAGGACGUGAAGAGGUUCACCUCCAUCGUCGUUGCCAACGGGAAGCUCCUUUUUAAACAGAACUGUGAGAGAGGAGAGGUGGACUGGAGGUGUGAAAGAUGCAUCCAGCCUCCCCAAAGAGAAGCUGAGUCCCACCCAGAGCGCAGCAGCCCCUUCCACAAACAGCCAGCAGCUGAGCACUCCCUUGAGCUGGCGAAGAAAAGCAGAGGGGAUGUCUGUGGGCAGAAGUCACCUAACCUACAAAAGAAAGGAAAGAACACCAUGGAAGGAAAGUCAAAUGAAAACCAAGACUUCUGUGGCACGAGUCCUACCCCUCUUCCUUCUCCUUCUCCCAGUGGGCAGAACGUGGAGAGGAAGAUCCGCCUGUCUGAGCACAGCAGGCUCUAUUUCGGAGCACUCUUCAAAGCCAUCGGUGUCUUUGCCAGUAGCCUCAGCAACAGCCAGCCCCCUGAGGUCUUCAUCACUCAGAGCAAGCUGGCCAUCACGAUCGGGCAGAAGCUGGUGGACACGCUGUGCAGCGAGACCCAGGAGAGAGAUGAACGCAAUGAGAUCCUGUGUGGAAGCAGUCACCUGUGCGGACUGCUCAAGGACCUGGCGCUGGCCACCAAGAAUGCUGUGAUCCAGUACCCUAGCCCGAGUGCCCUGGGCCUCCUCCAGUCAGAGCUGGAGAAACUAGAGUACCACUCCCGGAAAUUCAGAGGCACACUGGAAUGAGGCCUACGGAGGUCAACUCCUGGCCUGUUUUAUACUCACCACUCUUGUUCUGUGGUAAAGCCAAUCGGAAUGGCUGAAGCAGCCUUGGGUCUCGGAGCUGGUGUUAGUAAGUGGCUAAGGCCCUGUAGGACACUGGCUGACCACAAGGAGGUCAAGAAAGAGAGGCAGGUGACAAGUCAGGACCUUGGGAUGGACCUGACUUCACUGACCUUCACUGUGUGAAGGUGUACAGAAUGGACAGGGGAAGUGGCAUUGUAGAAGCCAUGUUUCAUGUCGGUCGAAUGUGUAUGUGGUUUACAGUCAUUCUGCGCAUAUCAGGCAGCACCUGAGGUCAAGGUCAAGGGGCUGGAGAGACAGCAGUGUGUCAAAGGCUCUGAGUGCAGAGAGUCCCAGUCUGAUUGGGAAAACGGACAAAGAGACGAAGUACUAUCGGCAGUCUGUCGGCUGCUAGUGAGAAAAGAAACUGGGGAAGAGCGAGAAUGGAGAAGGAGAAAAGAACUUUUCCCCAAAGGAUUGACUUCUGUCAUAUUCAUUGGGAAAGUGCAAGUGUUGGUGUCACACACCUUUAAGUUUAGCACACAGGAGGCAGAGGUGGACAGACAGGCCUUAAGGAGACCAGACCAGUCCACAGUGAGCUCCAAGCCAAAGGCUGCAUACUGAGAACCGAUUUUUUUUUUUUUGGUUCUUUUUUUUUCGGAGCUGGGGACCGAACCCAGGGCCUUGCGCUUCCUAGGUAAGCGCUCUACCACUGAGCUAAAUCCCCAGCCCCGAGAACCGAUUUUUUAAAGCCUCCCUAAAAGUAAUGAGUUUGCCUUUUUUAAUCUGUUGUUUUAGAUUAAUACUGUGAGACGUAUACAAGUUGUAUAUGUGCGAACGUGGGUGUGUGUGCAUGUGUUGCUAGAAACUGAAUCUAGGGUUUCACGAAUGCCAAGCAUGUACUCUGCCAUGAAGAUUGACUCCCUGGCCCCCCAAAAUGUAUUUUUGCUGUUACUUCAUCCUGAAGGUGAUGUAACACCUGUUGGAGGUGGUUAUGUGCUCUGUCCGGUCCCCUGCUAACUUAUUUCAUAUGUUAAAAUCCUGUGUCCAUCGGUUCCCCUGCUCAAAUUAGGUUUGUACUUCACUAGUCUCAAAUCUGUUGCAUUAUUUAUCUAUAAUCAUGGGUUUAAACACAUUUGCAAAGUCCUGAGAGAUGGUUCAGGAGGUAGAGGUAUCAAUCUUGACUUCCCGAGUUCUAUUCCUGGGACCCAUGUGGUGGAAGAAGAGAACUGACUCCUGAUAACUGUCUUCAGACCAUGCACAAAAUAAGACGAAACUGUAAUUAAAAACUUAUCAACAGA